GCCGCUGGGUUGCGCGCUUAGCCGACAUUGACGCGUCCUCGCGAUUUGGCCCGACAAGCCCACUCUCGUGACAUCAUGGUGGCUUACUGGCGACAGGCUGGACUCAGCUACAUCCGAUACUCCCAGAUCUGUGCAAAAGCAGUGAGCGAUGCUCUGAAAACAGAAUUCAAAGCAAAUGCCGAAAAGACUUCUGGCAGCAGCGUAAAAAUUGUGAAAGUGAAAAAGGAGUAAUCCAUCCUGACUAAA